ACAUUAAUGAACAUGCCCAGCAUUGCACCAGUGGAAAAGAUCAAGCACCAGACAGGAGCUGAAAGGGCAGCUGCACCCCAGAGAGAAAGCUCAGUGAAGACUUCUGCUCUCCUACGAAACCGACCUCAUAAAGUGGAAGUUCCUCUUGUUCUUCCCGGUAUCUGCAGGUGUUUGGUGGCA